AAAAUCAAUCAAUUGUUUAUUUUUAUUUUCUGUUUUAAUUUAUAACAUUUAUUUAUCUGAGUUAAUUAAUUAACUCAAUUAAUUUAGUCAAAAUGGGUAGAAUAAUGAAACCGAAUAAAGUUGUGCUCAUUUUGAGCGGUCGUUAUGCCGGAAGAAAAGCUAUGGUUCUAAAGAAUCACGAUGAAGGUACAUCAGAUCGAUCCUAUGGACAUGCAGUUGUCGCCGGUAUUGACCGAUAUCCAAGAUCGAUUAAAGUGAGGAUGUCCAAGAAAAAGAAAGUGAAACGAUGUAGAAUCAAGCCUUUCAUUAAGACUUACAAUUACAAUCAUUUAAUGCCAACUCGAUAUGCAGUGGAUAUCCCAUUAGAUAAAAGUGUAUUGGCAAAGGAUGUUGUUAAAGAUCCAUCAAAAAGAAUGAAAGCAAGACGAGAAAUUAAAGCUAAAUUUGAAAGUAAAUACAAGGAAGGAAAACACCGGUGGUUCUUCAGUAAAUUACGAUUCUAAUUUAACUUUUAUUGUUCUAUUUUGUGAUAUGUGAAGUAGUGAUCAAACGAUGAUUUAAAAUUAAAUGUCAUAAAUUUGUAAGUAAAAAGUGACGACAUCUUUUGUUACCACAACUUUCAACACAAUCUCAACAAAUCAUCAAUUCUACUACAAUCAACAAGUGGGAAUAAUUUUUGGAUUAAUUGAUGAAUAAAACUUUUGCUAGAUCAACAAUAUUACCAUUGAUCAAUUAUAUUAAAUAACAACUAAUUGUAAAUCAGAUCUCAAUCAUAAUAGUAAGAUCACUUUCUCCAACUCGA